ACAAAAUCUACUUGUGUACAACAAGCCAAAUAAAACUUGAAACUUGAAUGGUGACUGACGUUGCCAGUGCCUAACCUUUUGUGUUCCAUGUAAAGUCAGUCAUACAAGUUUGGAACCGCAUGUGGAGAAGUAAAUGAUGCCAGAUUUUUUAUCUUUUUGAUGAACUCUGGAGAAGGUACAGCUACUUGGUGGAGCUACGUUUUAUUUUGGAAAUAUGCCUCUUUUCAAAUGACCUCCAAACAGAAUGAGAAAACUGUGGAAAAGGCCCAUACAUUUGUGUUUAACACUAACACUCACUUAUGCAUUUUCAUGAAAAUUCUUUCAAGAGUAAAAGAAGACAAUCUCCACCUUAAAACUUUCGGCCAUACGGGAGUGUUCGAGAGACAGCGACUGACAGUAAAAUAUGGCAUUAAUUGCUCUGCAAUAUAUGACAUGGAACCAGCAGAAGUGGGAAAAUCUUUAGUCGCCCGUCAAAAAAAGAGCUAUGUGGGGCCAACUGAUAUGAAUGUUGUGAAUGCCACCUCUGACUGUGAUCUGUUUAUUACAUCAAAAGGUUAUGGUGCGAUACAAGGCUCUGAGUCUGAACGUGAAUUUCCUCUUGCCUACUCUUUGGUCGUUCACAAGAAUGCCGAUCUUGUGGAGAGGUUGCUAAGGGCCAUUUAUAUGCCACAUAAUGUUUAUUGCAUACAUUAUGACCUGAAGUCUUCAGAUGAUUUUAUUUCAGCGAUGCAAGGUCUGGCCCGCUGCAUCCCUAACGUCUUCAUUGCCUCAAAACUGGAGAGGGUGCAGUAUGCAGGCAUCUCACGCCUCAAAGCAGAUCUUAAUUGUCUGUCUGAUCUCCUGGAGUCUGAGGUGAAGUGGAAGUAUGUCAUCAAUCUGUGCGGACAGGACUUUCCACUGCGGACCAACGCUGAACUAGUGUCAGAUCUAAAGAUGCUUAAAGGCAAGAACAUGGUGGAGACCAGACAGACUGGUGGAAAGACGUGGCGCUGGAGAUUUCAUCAUGCCCUGAAAAAUAGCAAAUCUGAAUACUAUGAAUCACCUAUAACCAUUUUUGAGGAGAAAUCUCCGCCACCUUACAACAUCGAAAUGUUUGUGGGCAGUGCAUACUUUACAAUCUCACGGGAAUUUGCAAGUUUUGUUCAGUGGAGUUAUUUAGCCAGAGAUUUUUUAGCUUGGUCUGAGGACACAUACUCACCUGAUGAACAUUUUUGGGCAACUCUGGUUCGUGUGCCUGGAGUGCCAGGAGAAGUGCCAAGAUCUGACCCUGAUAUCACAGAACUGACAUGUAAGACUCGUCUGGUGAAGUGGGUUGCUUUUGCGGAUGUUCUUUACCCACCAUGCACUGGAGUCAAUGUACGGUCUGUGUGUAUUUACGGUGCUGCUGAGCUCAGAUGGCUUCUUGACUAUGGUCACUGGUUUGCUAACAAAGUGGACCCAAAGGUGGAUCCUAUUCUUAUUGAAUGUAUAGAAGAGAAACUUUUGAAAAAACAACUGAUGUCAAAACAACAGGGAAAUCUUUUGGGACUGAAAAGGGGUUGAAAUAUACCUAUUGGAUUUCAUAAUAUCUCCUGUUUACAGAAUAAUUUCAAGUCUUCACCUAAACUUUAACUAAGACAUAACUUGUGUGCAUUUUGAGGUAAAACAGGGCACUGAUGUAUUUUAAGAUAUGUCAGUGCAAGAUCAGUUUUCAGUUUGGACAGCUCUUACAUUUAUUUUAGUCUAUUUUAGUCUAAUCCCUGUCCGGGAGACCGCCCCUAAAUGAGUUACAUAAUGAGUUACAUAUAACAUUUUUUGCUUGUGAUACUGUGAUCCAUUGAAGCUCCUUGUGAUUAAUUUUUAAAAAGGUAACAUAUUUGCUCACUUUCAAAUGGAAUUUGCCCUUUUACUCACUUUGUUGCUUAGCAUCAUUCUUUCUAAGGUAUUUAUAUGAUUCUGCACUAGAUAAAACUGAGAUGUACGUCGAAUAGUAGUAGUUGGAUACUUGGAAUUCACAUACAGGUAUGGACUUAGUAUGUCUGAUAUCAAGGUGGUGAGUGUUUAUCUAAUUUACGUAGUUUUCCCAAACAUUUCAAGAGCAAGGAAAAUAUUUAAACUGUCACAGACUGACUUAAGCUGUUCGAAAUCUAAUUACGUCCAAACUGUUUUGGAUAUAAAAUAAGAGGUAUCUCAUUUGAUACUAUCAGGGAUGAGUGGAAAUGAUUGCAAAGGAAGCGAAAAAGACAGUUCCUAAUAUGCAAAAUAAUGCAAAUGAUGUACUUUAUCAUUUUUGUGAACUUCCACAUGCAUUAUGAUUUACAUACUUUGAAUUCAGUUUGCUUAGUAAUGUACUGUAAGCUUGAGCUUCUCUGGCUGGCACAUCCUAACUCACGUGCUGGGAUUUUUUGUAUCAUAUUAAAAUAAUCUUUGUGAACCCCUUCAUUUCUUUUCUGAUCUGUAGGAUCAGUGGCGCAAAAAGUGGGUAUGCGCUAUAUGCGGCGCAUAGGGGCGCAGCACCAUGGGGGCGCCAAAGAGAUUGUAUAAAAAAGCGUUUUUUUUUUGUGUUGGUAUUUCUAUAUGUAGCUGCUGUUGUGCAUUUCUAAAUCAUUAGAUCAUCAACAUUAUAUAACAUUGUAGAAAACAAACAGGCUAAAGUAGGCGCUAGUGUUGUAGUCAAUACCACCUAAACCGAGACCAAGUCAUGACCAAGACCAGGACAGGCUGAGACCGAGACAAGACCAAGACUUUAAAGGGUCGAGACCAAGUCAAGACCAAGACAGGCCGAGACCAAGUCAAGACCAAGAUCAGUGCAAGUCACUGCAUUAAAACACUUAUGAUAAAAUGUGGAAUAUGCAUAUGAUUA